AUGGACAAUGAAUCAGAGGGUCAGUAUCCAUGGUUAUUUUGUUCAAAACAAAAAAUUGGCUGUGAAUAUUGCAAAGAAAUUGGUAAAUUAAAGACAGUUAAGAAGAGAGGUGUUGAAAUUAGUGAAGAAUGGACCAAAUAUAAUAGGCCAUUUGAUGAUCAUUUUAAAUUAAUUGAACUUCAAAAAGCUAAUGGAAUUUCUUUAGGAUCAAUUUUACAUUCUAGAUCUGCUACUACAAUUAUAGAUCAUAUUGCUACUAAAAUGAGAGAACAGUUAGUUAAGAAUAUUAUCGAUUGUAGCGCCAAAUUUUCAGUACUUGUUGACGAAUCCACAACUUUGAAUUCAAAGACAAGCAUGGUUGUUUAUAUUAAAUCUGCAAUAUCUAAUGAUGAUCCUAUUUUUAUGUUUUUGGAUCUUGUUGAGCUUGAUAAUCAAUUAGCUGUCAAUAUUGACAUAUUUUGGCAUUGUAUGAACCACAGACUAGAGUUGGCUGUCAAUGAUUCAGUAAAAGAUGUAACUGCCACAAAUCAUUAUAAAGCAUUUUUGGAUAGUCUUUAUGCUUUAUACAACAGAUCACCAAAAAAUCAAAACGAACUUAAAACGAUAUGUACUGAACUAGAUAUGAUAUUUUUAAAAGUUGGCAGGGUGCUGGAUGUUAGAUGGGUGGCCAGCAGCUAUAGAGCAGUUCAAGCAAUUUGGAAAAUAUUUCCAGCUUUAUAUAACCACUUAUAUAAUGCUUCAAAUGACCCAACUAAAGAUAAAAAAACUCAGUCCAAGUAUACUGGUUUAUAUAAAAAAUUAGGAAGUCCACAAUUUGUUUUAGAUUUGGCACUUAUGUGUGAUAUUCUCAAGGAAUUGUCUUAUUUAUCUAAUCAAUUGCAGAGUCAUGCAGUUACAUUAUUACAAUCAGAUCAAUUAAUUAAAAGGACCAUUAGAGUAUUAGAAUCGUUUAAGACUAAAGAUGGAGAACAUGUUUUAGAAGCAAAGGAAGCUCAAAUAAUUAUGCUUUUCAAAACAAUCGGUUUGACCAAUAACCAAAAAUUAAUUUGUAUCAACCCAAGUCAAUUUAUAACAAGUAUGUUGAUCUAA